AUGAUCUCCAGUUUCGUUUCGCAAGCAAAUAAGCUAAAGAACGUGCAGAUAUACCUGGAGCACUCCCUCAAGAACUGCGGCGCUUCCUUCGACGAUGAUAACUCUAUAUGCCACCUCCGCGAGCUGCUCUCAUCGGAUCGUUUUAAGGAGUGUCACGAUUUUCGCCUCUCGAUAUUCAAUAUCGCCGAGUCGCUGAACUCGCUCAAGUUGGAAGUGUUCAAUGGUAAAACUCUCGAUUUGAAGCAAUUGAAAGCGGACCUGAUAAGUAUCCAGGAGCGAUCGAGGACGGCGAAUGCGGAGGCCGUAACGAAGUUGCGUCUGCUUUCCGAGCAGGAAAACAUGCUCACCGAGGAGGUUUUCAGUCUGCAACAGCGGAUGUGCGAAUGGAGCAACAACAGGAAUGAACAUCAAGUGCCAAAGUUGGAAAAGAAGAAGCCAAUUAAAGAAGCAUCUGCAAAGGUACCCGCAAAGGAAGUGCAAACUUUUGCAAACUUCUUGCAGAAGAGUGGAGGACACGAGAACGGAUGGCGGGUCAAGGAUCAUAGCGUAUUCUUGAAAUUGCGCAAGAAGUACAGAGAACGGGGAAAAAUGAUUGCAGCGGUACGCUCAAUAUUUCCAGAUAUGAGCGAACGCGACGUGGAAGAGCACGAAGAAUGGUAUCUGCAGUACAGCAAGUUGCAGAGCGAACAAAACGACGCUCUAAAACGAUGGAAAGAGGAGCAACAAAAUUGUCGAUUGGCGAAAGAAGAGGAUGUGGUUGUUGUUAGCGAAAAAUCGAGGAAAGCGAUCGUUCCUCUUGACGAUCCGAGAGAUGUCAAAGAGCGAUUGCUUUUGUGGAAGGAGGAGAAGAAGAGGCGUCAAUUGGAUCAGUUGCAAUUGAGGAACGAUCUGGACGAGCGAUUGAGGCAGAUGGAAAACAGCAAGAAGAUAAAAUGUGAGGAGGCUAAAUUGGAAAUAGCCAAAUGGAAACGAGAAAAGGAAUUGCAGACGAAUCGCGACGCGCAUCUGAAAAUUGUAGAGAAACAGCGGAUAGAGGAUCUCAGGUGCGAUACAACUCACCCGAAAUAG